GUCACAUAAAAAAUAUUUCCCUAACAUAUGUUUUUCUUUCUCUGUGCUUGCAGCUUUCAUGGAUCCAGCUUUAAUCGUAGAAACGAUGUUACCCACUGAUGUUGCUGGCAACCCUUCCGGAGGCUACUAUCUGUACGACUACUUGGAUUUCCCGUUGCGCCAGCCGAAACACGUUGAAUUCAUGGAAUGCUACAUCAAUGGGAACCAGUCCGCGCGAAAGUUAUACGUACAAUACUUGAAAGCCAGCAGGACCGUCAAUGGGGACAGUUUGGAACGGGUCCUGAAACGAAUGUUUGCAGACGAAGCCUUCUUGGGGUACAAAUACAACAGUACGGCCGGUUCGAGGCGAUCCACGAGACCCAAUCUGUAUCAGUACAAUAUAUUGAGUCGUUAUAUGCUCGAUUCUCUGGUAAAAAUUCCGAUCCUAAGUUUGGUUUCGAUCCUAGGCGAUGAUGCCAAGCGCAUCACCAAUGGAGAAUGUCCGGAAACGGCGCCUCCUUUUGGUUAUAGCUCGGACUACGAGUACGAUUGUUUGGACUUUCCCUGUUCAACCCCCAAAGACGUGCAACGUCUGGAAAGGGCCGUGAAGGAGAGUGGAGAUGUCCGGAAGCAGUAUGUCAACUACUUACGCGCAAGUAGAUUCGAGUGCCAGAACGAUCUGGAAAGGGUUCUGCGGCGAAUGUUCGAAGACGAGGCCUUCGCAGGUUGCAACUACACGACGCUGCCGAUAAAGUCAACGAGGCCCAAUCUGACGGCGUUCAGCGUACUGAACGAAUGCAUGCUAGAAGCAUGGAUGGACCUGACGCCGGCCUCACUGUACAAACAGUUUUCUGAACUGAUUCCGAAAAUGGCUAGACAGGCCUAUAAGCGCCAGUUGCGAACUCGUCGGAGUAAUGCCUUGCAACGAAUGGUGGAAGCCGCUCAAGCCGAGGGCGGGGAGGACGCCUCUGCAAGAGGAAUGACAUCAGAUUAGGAAUGCAAUUUAAGCAUUCUAGAAAUAUUGAACAAAUAUCUUGAAUUCGUUUUUUUGUUGUUUCUCAUUUUUUUACUAUCAUAAUUUCAUAAAUGAACCAUCUGUUUGCUGUUUUUGUUUCUUUUGAUAUUUUCUUUCAACAACAAAACAAAGUUACUAUUCAAAGUGUAGUACUAGCGCUUUUGACAACGCACAAUAAAAGUAUUGGGAAAAGUAAUAUUAUAGAAUAGUUGGGAUAAAUUCUAUCAAAUUGAAAACAAUCAAAAUAUAAGCUGAUCUAGUAAAACUCAGUUAAGUGUGUUCAAUGAACACUGUUCAUGUUUAUUUUGC